UCUCUGCCGCAGAUUUCGCUCCUGUCCAAGAUCGUGCCCUCGCCCGACUGGUUCGUGGGCGUGGACAGCUUCGAGCUCUGCGAGGGCGGCAACUGGGUGGACAACGUCAAGAUCCAGGUCGACCCCCUGGACGCCGGGACAGACAACGGCCUGACCUUCUCCUCGCCGAACUGGCAGACGAGUCCUCCGGAAAAGGUUUUUCGAAUCACAGCCAAUUACCCCGACCAUCCUGCCCAUUCCUUCUACUAUCCGACGCUCCAGCACUUGCCCAGGAUCGCUACCUUCACCAUCACUAAGACGAAGGAGUACACCCUGAGCGAGCACUUCGACCCCGCGGACGGAACGGCCUACGACGUCGUCAAGAUCGAGGACAUCGCCUACAAGCACUACGGCGACGAGUUGAAGUCCUCAGUCCCUGAACCUAUAGGGAGCGCGGGCGACCCUGAAGACAGUGAAGAUCGCAAUCAGAACCACGUCUCUUACGUCACCUCCGUCCGAACGUUCACACCAGCCGUGACUACGACUUCGACCACCACCACAACUACCACCCCCGCGCCCUCUCCCGCCACGCCCCUCCGCGCCCACCACCGUCACCGCCCCCAUCAUCGGCCGGUAGUCGGACCACGCCCCUCGGCCACGCCCUGGAGGCCGCCCUACGACACGGCGACGGAGGAGGAAGUGUCCCGCAACGCUUUCGCCAACGCCCUGCCCGCCGCCAAGACGAGGGACGUGGCCGCCAACAGAAGGGUGUCCCUCAUGAGCAACUCGGUGGAGAGUGAGGACGAGGAGGACGAGGACGGCGAGGACGGCGAGGACGGCGAGGGGAACCAGGCCAACGAGGAACAGCAGGAGCAGGAGCAGGAGCAGGAGCAGGAGCUGGAGCAUGAGGCGCGGCAGGGCGAGGAGGGCCCCGUGCAGGACAAGGCGGCGAGGACGCAGGCGAAGCACGCGGGCAGAGGGAGGGCCUCGACGCCCCACAAGCGCAUCCCGACCGGAGACGCCAUGGCGGUCAUCGACGACAUCGUCAAGAAUUACCAGAAGGAGCAGAGGAGGAAGAUGAGGAAGCAGAGGAGGGAGCAGCGGCGGCGGCGCAGAAUGGAGCUCAGGAAGAUCCGCCCCCCCCGUGACUGCCGCGUGACCGAGUGGUCCGCGUGGUCCCCCUGCAGCAAGACCUGUGGCAUCGGCGAGCAGACAAGGACAAGAACCAUCCUGAAGCACGCGCGUCGCGGAGGGAAGGCGUGUCCGGUGCUCGAGGAGACGACCUGGUGUGGCUCGGCCGGCGCCUGCCCGAGGGAUUACUUCAUCUGGUCUUAAGGAACCCGCGGAGGAGGAGGGCGAGGAAGAGAGGGGAGGCGGGGGAGAAAGAGGGGGAAUGGGGGUUUAGGAGGGAGGGAGGGGAGGGGAGGGAGUGAUUUGGGGGGUGACUGCGAGACCACAUGAUGGCCGGCAGUGAAGAAAAAAGAAAAUGUAAACUCGAAAAUAAAGUAUAUUACUUUUGCUUUCGAAAGACUUGAUCCACUGGUAUUUAGUCCCGACAGACAUCGACAGAGAAUAAGGGAUCUUCUCGUAGUCUGGCUCACCAGGAGAGGUUUCAGAGUGCGUCCGUUGGCGAGGCGAGCCAAGAUGGGCCGCACCGUGUAAAUAGUGAGGGUCAGAGGCGGCUGAGGCGAAGGCAGGAGCGAGGCGGUCAUCAUGCCGCAGUCAUCAUUUCUUACGUGGAUGAAGUAUGAGAUGGAUGAACGACUCGACACAGACAACACGGGGAGAGCAAAGAGUAACUCAGGCCUUUUCUCUCGCUAGAUUUACUUAGAAAAGGAUCAAAAUGUCACAAAUUUUACACAAAAAAAAAGGAAAUAUUGAGGAUAUUUGGCCUGCAUUUUAAGGACUAAGCAAUAAAGCACUCACCUUCCACGCUGUUGAAACAGUCCGUUGUCUAAUGGGUAUGGCAUUCGAUAGACUUCAAAACCCACACGCCACAAAGUCUUAAGUCUCUCUCAGGCCUCUCGGAGGUUUAGACAGCUACUUACACACCCGUCACCAGCGGGAAGUGAAAUAAAAGGUGAGAGGAUUUUGCCAAAGCCCUCUCUCCGACAGGUAGCUGACGGAGGAGGGAGUCUGCAAAGAAGUGGACUUCAUGUGGUGCAUGUUAACGUGUGGAUUAUGGGACUGCUUAUACCCCGCGUGUUGUCUUGUGUCGACGGGAGGUUAAAGAAAAAGAAAUACGUGUGUAAAUCUUGAACGGGAAUACUUUUAGAUCUUAAGAGAAUAACAAAAAAAAACAAAAAAAUGGAUUAAUAUCAAGGGUUGGUUGGGAGGAGGAGGGGGGGGGGAGGGCAGCAGAAAGGAGCGUCUCAAAUAAUUACAUUUAAAAAAAAAUCUUACCCCUGUAUUGCCAUUUUAUUUUAUUUAUUUUUUUUUGUUUUCCCUUUGGCCACGCUCCGUCUUGCUGACCUAUAGCACAAGUAGUGGAAAAGCCCUCAGCUUAACUGUGCCAAGUUUGAUGAUGGUGACGCUGCUCAGAAGUAAUCCCUGUGUACAUGUUGCUUUUUGGCCGAACCUCUCUCCUGCAACCACCACGGCGGGCGACCCUCUAGAGCCACUGGUUCUUUACGCGAUCCGGGGAGGGAGAGAGAGAGAGAGAGAGAGAGAGAGAGAGAGAGAGAGAGAGAGAGAGAGAGAGAGAGAGAGAGAGAGAGAGAGAGAGAGAGAGAGAGAGAGAGAGAAAGAAAGUACAUGAUAUUUUCAAAGGAGGAAGAGCCUUGUCUUGAGUUCGUCCCCGCACCCUCCCGACCCUGUGGCGUCCCUUCUACCACUUGGCAUAUCAUACCCGACGCCCUCCCUCGGGGUCGGGCGCGUGUCGGCAGCUCGAGCAGAGUAGAUCUCCGAAGACGAGCGGGAAAACGCUAUACGGCGACGAUGAGCGAGAAAGCGCUACGUGUAUACCGUGUUGUCAAACGUGGGGGAAUAAAACACAACACAGAAAAUAGGCUUUUUGUGUAUAAUGUGCGUGUUUAUUUCGCCAGUCUCAAGGUGCGUCGUUUAGAGGGUCGUUAUUCGCCGCGUGUUUGUGUAGUCGUAUUUUCAUAUAGGCUCCGGGGGUCGCCUCACCACACACGGUCCGCCAGAGUCAUCCAAUUUCUUUCGGCUGAUUGCAAUAAAAGAAUAACAGUCAUCACGAAAUCGGUUUCUAAAUUAAUGAGUGAAUCUCAGCCUUUGGACAGGCCUGGCACGACCCCGAGGUGACGCGAUGCCCCUCUUGCUCUCAGCAAUGUAUGACUUUUUGGAUAAACGAAAAAAAAAAAACCUUUCCGCUUGACCCACUUCCCGUUUUCUAAGACGUUAAGCACAGGAGCUAUUUACAAAUCCAUGUAUUCUAAUCAAUAGGUUUUAAGGAGUGGAGAUAUAGUAACAGCAUGAAAUGCAUAUUGUAUGUAGGUAUGUGCAUCAAUACAAACACACACACACACACACACACACACACACACACACACACACACACACACACACACACACACACACACACACACACACACACACACACACA